GGGAAGGAGGUGCCUCGAUGUAGCGGCGCUUGGAGUGAACGGGCGCCACCUAGAGUGCUCUCCCAACAUGAAAGACAGCAACGUCCUUAAGCCCCUCCUCGAUGGAGAACACAUUGUUGUCCCCCCUGAACAAUGCACUUCAUAUAAUGAGAGAUUAUUAGAAAUGCUAUCAAGAAGCUCACUACCUUUACGCAACAUCAUUGGCAAGGACACAAGAUUUGCCGUAUUCUGUUUUUGCCAGUCAUCUCCAAAAUCCGAGGCCACCCGAUCCGAGGGGCUAAGAAUCUUGAUUUUGACUCUCGUCUACACUUUUCUCCUCGGAUUGGUCAUUUUUGCAGUGGGCCGGUCCUAUGUCUCAACCAAAGUUCAUACUUAUCCCAUUCAGCCAUACGCAAGAGAGUUUGAGAGGAUCAAAGGUGUGAUGAACAUAAGUAUCGCCGUCUCAGGAGUCCCGAAGAAUCUGACUCUCGCAGCCCUGCUGGAGGCCAAGGGGCAAGAACCACUUGGGGGAGCCAUGAGGAUCUGCUUGGAUAAAGCUGCUCAGGAGUUCUCUAAGGAGCCGGUCAUAGUAAAGAAAAAUACAUUGAUGGUUAUUCUGUGCAAUGGAACAAAGCAGGUCUUUCGCUCCGGGAAAGGGCAAAACAAAAUCGGAGUUGUCUUGGCCAAUGAGAAGGUGUAUUACUUAUUUGUACAUGAGGCCAGUGCAGAAGUCCAUCUGGCAAGGCUUGGGCACCAGACAUUCCCACUCAAUCGGACCAGCAUCCUCGAUGUCCUAGGGGAACUAAAGUCCCAGAAUGGCUCCGAGGAGAUGCAGCAAUGCCUCAACAAAACCUUAAUGGAGUUGCCCCAGGAGCCCACAGCAGUGCUGGCCAAUGCCAAAAUGGUGGUGUCGUGUGGAUGGCAAAACCUGACCUUCCUUUCUGGGACCGGGGAGAAUGAGAUCCGUGUGUAUAGAGAAGAAAUGGGUGGGGAGAUCCAGUUCCGGGUGAAAGCUUCAGGGUGGGAUUGGUGGGCCAGGGUUUUCACAAGGGGAAGAGUGGUGUGACAAGACCUGAGAGGACCACGCAAAAAUGAGCUCUGUGGCUCUGCUGAGAAACCGAGCAAUUUCUAUAGUAUUUGAAUACUUCUGAGCUCACGUUACUAAUUUUAUCCAAUGUCUGUUAGUCACAUAGAUUGCAAUAAAUAACUGCUUCAAUGCAA